AUGCGAUUGAGGCUUAGAGACGGAGAUGCCACAGCGAUGAUAAACUACUUAGAUAAAGUGACCCAAGAUAACCAAAAAAUUUCCCAUCUUCACCGUUUAGAUAAAACAGGGAAGUUGCAGGACGUCAUGUGGGUUGAUGCUCGAAAUAGAGCGGCGUAUCAGUAUUUUGGGGAUGUGGUUUGCUUUGACUCGACGUACUUGACGAAUAAGUAUGAGUUACCGUUUUCGAACUUUGUUGGGGUAAAUCACCAUGGGCAGACCAUAUUGUUAGGAUGUGCUUUAUUGUCCCAUGAAGAUGCAGAGACAUUUGUGUGGCUGUUUCGGUCGUGGUUGUCUUGUAUGGGUGGAAAAGCGCCGGCAGCAAUGAUGACUGACCAAGAUGCUGCAAUGAGGAAGGCGAUUCGAAUAGCAAUGCCAAUGCCACAAACCCGACAUCGCUGGUGCAUGUGGCACAUUAUGCAGAAGUUUAGCCGGAAACUUGGAUCGUUGACUGAAUACCCUCAAAUUAAAGUCGCCUUACAGAACGUCAUAUACAAUAGUUUAACUCCUGAAGAGUUUGAGGAGGACUGGGUUGUUGUCAUAAAAACAUUUGAACUGGACACAAAGAAGGAGACAAAGCAAUGCUAUAAGUGGCUAGAAGGUUUGUACAACCAGGGAGAAAUGUGGAUUCCGGCUUAUGUUAAACAUAUAUUUAGGGCAGGUAUGCAGACGACCCAAAGGGUGGAAAGCAUCAAUAGUUUUUUAGACAGAUACCUGAAGAAGAACACGAGGUUGUAUCAGUUUGCUCCUAGAUAUUGUAAGGCAAUGGAAAGUAGGGCAAAAGAUGAAAGAGCUGCGGAUGUAAACUGUAGUCGUUUCACAAGACCGUUAGUGGGGGAGUUUGCCGUGGAAAGGAAAUUUCAGAAAAUAUACACAGAUGCCAAGUUUGUUGAAGUUCAGCUCCAGUGCACGCGUGUUUGUUAUGUUUCCCCCAUUUGUUCCAAAGUUUUAUCUGAUUUGGAGGUGGAGCACACAUUAUCAGACAAAGUUUGGGUUUGGUCCAAGUUUCUCAGAAAGGAAAUAUCCUUGUCUGGCCGAAAGCGUACAUAUGUUGUAGUGUUCAACAAACAAACUUUAGUUGCGAAAUGUGAUUGCAAACAUUUCGAGUGCUAUGACAUUGUGUGCAUGCAUAUAAUAAAGGUGUUGGACGUUGAGAAUGUGGAAACAGUACCUGCCGCUUAUAUUGUGGAUCGUUGGAGGAAAGAUAUCCAACGUAAACACUCCCUUGUGAAGGUUUCAUAUCAUGAUCCCGAGAAAACGGAGAAAGUAAUGCGUUACGACAAAAUUAUGAAUGUCGUAGAACCUGUUGCGAUGCGUGGUUCCCUGACAGAGCAAAAAUUGGACAUUGUUAUUGAGAUGAUUCAGAAUAUUGUGCUACGUUUGGACGAGAGCAAUGUACUUACAUAA